CGGUGGAACUGAUUUACUUAGAGCAUUAUGUUCUCCCUCUUUCCUACGCCGACUUCGAGAAGAUGGUAGAACCCACUUCCGGAUCCGCCUACCUCUGCCGGAAGUCUCGCGAUGGCGGGAGGAGGAGGAGGAGGCACACCCCCAGGAACACUUAAAGAAGGAAGUCAGUUAGGAGAUGUCCUGCCUACAAGCCUCGAAGCCAACGGUUUGAAGAAAAGCAGUUGGGGACUCUUAUUUCCCGGGAUCGUCGGUGGGGCACUGGUGGCUGUGUAUGCUGUGGCCACACCAUUUAUAACUCCGGCCCUCCGAGCAGUCUGUGUGCCCUUUGUACCUGCGACCGCAAAGCAGGUCGAAAAUGUCCUGAAAGCGUUGCGAAGCCGGAGGGGGCCGCUCGUGGACGUCGGCAGCGGCGACGGGCGGAUUGUGAUAGCAGCUGCAAAGGAAGGCUUCGUGGCUGCGGGUUAUGAAUUAAACCCGUGGCUGGUGUGGUACUCCAGGUACCGUGCUUGGCGAGAAGGGGUACAGGAUUUGGCCACAUUUUAUAUUUCAGACUUGUGGAAGGUUACCUUUUCGCAGUACUCAAACGUCGUUGUUUUUGGGGUGCCUCAGAUGAAGUGAAAAUACCACAGCAUCGUAACGGUCCUAAAUUUAGCCAUUGGAGAGAUGACCAGGAAGGGAUGCGUUUGCUGUAAUUGUUGGUUUACAGACCAUGUAAAGAAAUCCCUUUUCGCUUUCCAAAGUCUGUAAUUGCAGCCAUAAUAAUCUUGGAGAAAUUGGAUGUUUGCUGAAAUGCCACUAUAAAACUGAUGUGGUUUUCAAUUAAAAAGAAAUUUCCUUUUUUUAUUCUGUUUUCUUAUUCAUACCUUAAUUUUUGUAUAAGAUAUUUCAGUACUUGUGAAAUUUAUUCAUACCGUUAGAAACUUCAGUGCAAUGCCAUUUUAUUUUUUGAAGUCAAUUUAGAAGUGUUUUUGUUACAUAUUCUUGAAAGUGUCAGGAUUCUAUAUGUUCAUAAUUCUCCAUAAGCCUAAAGUGAAGGCGAAGCCUGGGUGCCUACACUUUUGAUGUAGAAAUAAAGGGUUGAAGGCAGUAUCCUUGGUGAUUAAAAAAAAUACUUUGGGAUCGUAGACUUGCUAUGCAAUUUGAUGGUUAUUUACUACUUAUUAUGAUGGUUGGACAUUCCUUCAGAAUGAUUAGCAUUUGGGGGCAAAUAACUUUAAUUUGAAAUGCAUGCUUUCUAAAAACAGUGUGGUAUCUAUUGGGACUUCCAUGCAGUGUUGAGCGUCCAGAUGAUGGCCUGAGAUGUGAGCUUAUGAAGCCACGGCAGCUCUCUCUCAGCAGGGGGCAGCAGUGGCCUUUGGUAGUCACUGUCACCACAUAAGUUGUGGGCUCCAACUCCUUGUGCCUCUGACCAUGUUUGAGGAUUGUCAGUUUUUGGAGCCGUUCACUCAGGGGAAAUAAGAGUCCUAUUAUUCUGAUCAACACUCCUGCAGUUAUUGUCCAGUCUUCUGUACACAGAGAAGUAUUAAAUAAGGAACGUGUAGCAGUUCACUGUCCUCAAGAAGGAGAAGGGCAGCUGCCACACGGGACGCACUCACGUGCCUCGGAGUGCCGGGUCCAGCGCACUUGCGGGUUUCCGUGCCAGUGGAUGAGGAUCGUGGCUGCAGAGGGCCUGGGCAGCUCCUGUCGGCCUGGAGGCCUGGUGCCCCGUGUGGAGGGCCCAGCUCUCCACCCUCAUCAGGCUUUGCCUGCGUGGAGGCCUGAGCGAGAGCAGGCGCGCUGGCCAGGGAACCCUCGGUCACUCUGUCAGCGCUGCAAAGCCCUUUUACCUGCCCGGGCCCGUCACUCUGUCCCCUGUGAAAACGCGUUUCCCUUCCCUGAGCACGGGUCAGUGUUCUGGUCCGGCUUAGGUGGCUCAGCAAAGCCAGAGUACCAUGCAAUGUCUCGGGCUCAGCAAAGCCAGGGUGCUGUGCCGUGUCUCGGGCAGCUGAAGCACAUGUAGGUCAUGAGAGGGCCAGGAGGACGUGUGGGGAACUUCAGAGGGAGAAACCUUGUCACAAACCCUCACCCUGCUUUUGAUGCUGGACCGAUCAUUUGUGACAGCUGUUUGCAGUCAGAGUUCGAAAUCAGAGGUGCCCUAAAAAUUUCACUGGUCUGCAUCUAACAAAGUAGUAAUGAGAGUCACAUUUGGACCUGGCAGCCCAGCAGUAGGGUUGUAAAUGCCCACACUUAAGACGAGUUUAUGUACCAUGAGCAUCUUUUCAAAAUGGAGAACAGAUCACCUGUGUCCCUGUUGAAAACCCUCUGUGACUUCUUGCUGCUUAAAAGCAGCGAGGGUAACGCCCAACCCCUCCGCAUGGCCCUGAGGCUCCCCCAGCUCUGUGCGCACCAGCCCGGGGCCUCCCUUGGGCCCCUGGACUCCACGGAGUGCGGGGCCCUGUCCUCCCCUGACUUCAGUCCCCAGCUCUAGGCCUAGUUGGCGAACACCUAUUGACCCUCGUGGUCAAAUGUCUUUUCCUCUGAGAAGCUGGCCCCGACCCCCCCAGGGAGCCGAGCCCCAGCGCCCCUCUUUUCCAUUCGUGCAGCGCCUGCUCCCCUCUCCUUAGACGGGGCAGCGAGUAUUUCCGGGCGUGAUGGCUUUGGUGGUGUUUGCUCAAACAAAGGCCACGUUUGUGUUCGCCACCAGACCUCCAGCAUGGCAGCCUCGGCAGAGUGACGCUCGGGAAGUAUUUGUUAAAUGGAUGAGUACUUAUGGCAUAAACAUACCCAUUAAGUACAUGUCUCCCAGUGGGCUAUUAAAGUUCAUAAUUUCGAAGAAUGACUAAUAUAAUUUUGGUUAUGAAUCCUGUUAUGAAUCAAUGGAUGAAAAUAUCACCAUGUUCUGAUAAAGAAAUGAUUUGCGAUUGAA